AUGAAGUCAAAUAAGAGACACAGCACUUCAUUCUAUUCAUUGUCUGCUUCUUCGGAUAUAUACUUGUCCAACACGUCAGUUACUUCUCCAAUCAACACGUCCUUGGACACGAUCUCUUUCCACGGCGACUUUCUAACGGAUCUGCCAAACAUUAAAUUAUUAUUAAUUGGUAAUGCAAAUGUCGGCAAGACUGCUAUCAUAUUGAGAUUCUGUGACGAGCUGCCCACUAAAGGACAGUUGCGUCGAUUGAAAACGUCACGGAGUCUCAAGGGCUCAGUUGUUAACCGUUCCCUCAGUUCUUCUUCUUCAACGAAUAACGAACAAAAUGUUAAGCUUCGAGAUAUGAAAAAAGAUAAUAGAAGAAUAGGGUUAAUUGGAGCAGUUCCUGCUGAGGUCUCGUUGCACGGUGGAGGUGUCGAUGAUAAUGUUAUUAGACAUAGACGGAGAAGGAAGGGUUUUGGACUAAUUAAUGAAACUGAGGAGAGAAAACGGUACAGUUCCACGGAUUUUGAUGAAUUCAACAAGAGAAGAUCGCUGAUUUUUACCAAUAAUUAUUCUUCGUUAUUUAAUGAACACUUGAAACAAGAUUCAACGUCCACAACAACAACAACAGCAACAGCAACAGCAUCCAGUAAUGGGUAUAAUUAUAAAUAUGGCUACAACUAUAACGAGGAUGAAGAUGAGGAUGACGAUGAGAUAAUGUUGUACACACAGUCAACGAUUGGUGUAGACAUUAAGACGCGCUUAAUUAAUGUAGACAAUCAGUUUUUUAACUGUACAUUCUGGGACACGGCAGGACAGGAAAGGUACAGAAAUGCGUUGAUUCCAUCACUAUACAAGAAUUGCAAUGGGAUAAUCUUAACGUAUGAUAUUACCAAUUGGCAGUCAUUUCAAGACUGUUUCCAGAUAUGGUUGAUUGAGUCUUUGAAGUAUAUACCGACAGAACAACUGAGACGAUGCAGGAUCUAUUUGAUCGGUAAUAAGAUUGAUCUGUAUCCUGAUAGACAGGUGACACACCAGGAUAUUUUGAAAUCCAUAUAUCAGGUCGAAAAGAAACUGAAUGUUAAGAUUCAUGGAAACUUCGAAGUCACUUGUAAAUGGGGAGGAAUAAUUGAUAAUAUAAUUAAUUCCAUUGUUGCAGAUUUGAUAUCGAACGGAUGCUAUCAAGAUGUUAGAGGUGUCCAAAAUGAUGAUAUAGAUUAUUUUAACAGUGACCACAGGAAGAAAAUAUUAUGUGAUGACAGUGAUGAAGAGGAAGAUAUAGAAAUGGUAAAAGUCAAAGAUGAUUCGUUUCAUUCAACUCUCAGUGAUAACAAUAAUAGUCAUCAGUGUAAGGAUAAACCAACCACAAGUGUUAUUGAUAUAACGAAAACCAAAGAGACUGAAACUGCACAGCCUGCAUAUUCCUGCUGUAUGUAA